GAUCAUUUUGGGCCAAUCUCUGCGCUUUGGAGUGACAUAAUGGAAUUUUUGGGGGUAGAACGCAAGCAAGGUCUGGCGCUGCGCAUAGCAGACGUGCCAUCGGGAAAAGACAAUGUCAUAGGCGCGCAGAAGAACACAUCAGAACCCCCGAGGCGUACGAUCUGAAGUUCCCGGCUGGCAGAGAGGCUGACGGCACGGAGAAAGUGUCAAGAUCGUCUUUUUUCCUCCUGUUUGGAUCAAACGACCCACAACCCCUCAUGUGAGGGUGUAGGAUGGAAACAACCCUCUACCCGGUCCCCGCGGUGAAUAGCAUCAAGAGCACGAUGAUGAAGAAGGAGAUCAGCCUAAACCAGGAGGACCAGAACUCAGAACUGAAACCGAACCCACUCCGGGACACGGGCGGAAUUAUAAACUCGCAGGAUUUGGGACUCCUAAAACUAGCCUCUCCGGACCUCGAGCGUCUCAUUAUCCAGUCACACCCGAACUCCCAGUUUAUGUUUCCGAAGUCGGCCAGCGAGGAGCAGGAAUUUGCGGAAGGCUUCGUCAAGGCGCUUGAGGAUCUUCACAAGCAGAACCAGCUUAGCGACACGGGGUGUGUCUCUGUGGACAGGCUGGAUCUCCUCGGAUCCCCCAGCACCGCCGGACCCACAGGACUCCAACCAUCAGACCUACCCGUCUACACCACCUUGAACGGCUAUGGCGCGGCUCCGCUGGGCGCCACCGCCAUCAACUACUCCACGGACACCAUUCCUUUCUCGACGCCAACCCACGCAACCAGCGCGCAACAGCAAGCGGCCGCCGCGGUGGCGCUGUCACGGCUCCAGCAGUCCUUCAGCGCGAUGAAAGACGAACCACAGACGGUCCCAGAUAUGCAGAGCUGCGGGGACAGCCCUCCGCUGUCUCCGAUUGACAUGGACAACCAGGAGCGCAUCAAGGCGGAGCGAAAAAAGCUGCGGAACAGGAUAGCCGCUUCAAAGUGCCGCAAGAGGAAGCUUGAGAGAAUCUCUCGGCUGGAGGAGAAGGUCAAAACCCUGAAGACGCAGAACACCGAGCUGGCCUCCACUGCCAGCGUGCUGAGGGAGCAAGUGGCCCAACUCAAGCAGAAGGUGAUGAACCAUGUCAGCAGCGGAUGCCAGCUUUUACCAAACCAGGUCCAUGCAUACUGAAGUUCUCCAGCGGGAUACUGGAUCCUGUCCUAUAACCGACAUUAAUCUUCUGUAACUACGGAUCUUACAAGAUACUGAAGGUGAGGCCGUUAUUGCGCAUGCUCCCUGAUCUUGACAAACCAAACUUGCACGGCGACGCACAGACACGAACUAUCACCUGGAAAUAAAGCAGGUGUGGAUCACAGACUGCCUGGAUUCAGCAGGAACUGACUGUUGUUUACCAAACUUUUUUAAAGCCAUGUAGCAAGCCUCUAUAUCCGCUGAACUCAUGUGGAAGCUGGACAAUCUCUGCCAGAGUACAAACAAAACCCAGGGUCUCACCAAGUGCUGUCAUCCACAAUAUAAUAUCUUACUUGUUUACAAGCACUUAGUAAUGAUAACUAUAUUUUAUUUACUGAAACUUUGUCUUAUUUCCAACUUCUUUAUUUGGUAAAAAUAAGCCGUACCAUGUGUCUUGUUGCAUAUGUUGACAGUAACCAUUGUAUUCUUCACUGUUGGGACUGCUGCUCAACUCUUCAAUCUCCACACUUUUACGAAUGUAUGAAUGUGUAUGAACGGAGAAAGUCUCUACAUGCGUGUUGGACUGCUGUCCUUCUGACAUCUAUUAAAUUCACUACAUUAUUUAA